CUUACAUUCAUGACGACAAGACGACACACAUGAGCGAAUUCUGUUCGUUAACAGGAAGGGAAGUCACUCGCACACGCAAGCAGCCACUCAUGCAAGGCAACACGUGCACUCUGACACGAAUCACAGACACAUAGCGGAGCUCUGCAAGAGUCAUCAUCGGAUCAAAAAUCCCCCCACCGGCACGCCCUUCUCGCCUUAGACAGGGCCGCCAGUGGGAUCGAUCACACCAGCAGCAGCGGCAGCACGAAAAGCACAGCAGCAGGGAGGGAGGACAUGCAGUGGUGGGAGGGGGGUUGAUUUGUACAUACGGCUAGAGAGCUGGAGAGCUAUGUAUCCAUCCAAGAAAUGAAUGAACACCAUGCAGCAACACAGAGGAAGAAAAGCGGCACACAACGAAAACCUCUCACACACGUGUGACAAAAACCCAUUGGCCAUGUCAGCAUCAUGAAGAAGGGCACGAAGAUAAGAGAGAAAAGCCCAAUGGCCGCCCACCCGCCCAGCCGGCCUGUCUGGCUGGCUUGCCGGGCAGUCUGUCUAUCCGCCCUUCCUGAGCAUGUUCAUCAUGCCGCCCCCGCCCCCGGCCCCCCCACCGCCCAGCAUGUUGAGGAAGGGCGUGGCGUACUCCAUCGCCCGCACUGGAGGGUGCUCCACCGCAUCGAACUGCGUGUAGCGGGGCUUCAGGUUGUUGCCCUUGAUCCUGAGCGAAAAGACACACCCACACACUCUCUCUCAAGUAGGUUGGUUGGUUGGUUGUGUGUUGGCGCACCUCAUGAAGGCUCCCUUGUUGCCCAUCUGGUCGCAGUAGUUGGGCGCGCUGAACACCGUCACCUAAACCACACACGACACAAGAUACAUCGCUGCAUCAUUCUCUCCCUCUCCCUUCCUCCCUCUGUGCGUACCAGUUUGCCAUUGCAUUCCUCCUCGUAGCCCUCCUCCUUCAUCUCGUGAGAGCGCACCAGCAGGUCCAGGUUGUUCUCCUUCAGGAACCGCUCAGUCACGUCCGGGCCAAACGCAACCCCCACGCCGCGCUUCGACGGUGCCCGGCCAUCCAGCUUCUGCGGAUCCGACCACAGCAACUCCACCAUCAGACCUGCACACACACGCACACACACAGAGAGAGAGUGGCGUCGUGUUGCAGGAUGUGUUGUGGUGGGGGUGGAGACCCUCGUCUGGCGGUUCUCGGUUUCUGUCGAUGCUUGCGAUGUCGGAGAGCUUGACGCCAUCCUUGCUGAACAGACCUGCCGGAAGAUGGGCGCUCGGCUGUGUGUGUGUGUGUGUGUGGCUGGCUGACCUCCGUGGACGACGAGUAUCUUGUUGUUGAUGACGUGCGCCAGCGGCAGCAGGUUGAAGGCCUCAGUGCACAGGUCAUACAGCUUCUCGUCGUACUUCUUGAUCACCUCACCUGCACACACACACACAUAACACACCACACACACAUGACAGAUCCCCGGAGAUGGGCAUCUGUCUGCCAUCCCCUCCCCUCCCUCCCUCGGCUGCAUACGCACGUACGUACCGUGGAAGCCAUACAUCCUGUUCAUGCUCUGGGCCUCGUGGUUGCCGCGGGCCAGGUGGAAGUGAUUCGGGUACAACAGCUUGCCUGCAAACAGCGCCAGGAUCACCUGCACACACCACACGACGCACACAGACAACCACAAGGGCGUUGUUGUCGUGUUUUGCAUCUCUCGAUUGUGCGCGUGUGUGUGUGUGUGUGACUGACUGACUGACCUCGACAGAGAAGGACCCCCUGUCGACGAAGUCGCCGUUGAAGAGGUAGGGGUUGGUCUCACUGGGCGGGCCGUUGAUCUUGAAAAUGUUCAACAUGUCGUAAUACUGCACACAUGCACAACACACACACACAGACAGAUGAUUGUGGCGCUUAUCUGAUCUCUCUCUGUCUGUCGGCCUGAGUGGUGAUCCACCCACCCAGCCACCGACCUGGCCGUGCACAUCGCCGCAGAUGGUGAAUUCCUCCUGUGGCUGCAGGUCGACCCUCACGAGUGUGGGUACCGUCCUGAGCAGCCUGAUGAUGUCCAGCACCAUCAUGUACGCGUAUCGCCGAUGCAGCACAUUGCCGGGGGUCUGCACACAGCAAAGACAGAGAGAGAGAGAGAGCGAGAGAGAGAGAGGUGGGUGAGGUUAUGUCGCUCCGGUUGGUGGGCAGACCUACCUUGAUGUAUUCUGUGAGCUGGUGGAAAAACUCCUUGUCGAUGCUGCCGCUCCUGUAGUGGGGGCCCUUGUACGACGCGUCCACCUCAAUCGACAUCGGGUCAACCGUCUCAGACGCCGGCUUGGUCCGAUCUGACAGCCAUACAACCACCACCACAGCACACACACACGUGUACAAGAGCAUCAGCAACAGUGUAUGUAUGCGUGUCUGCCUGUGUGUGUGUGUGUCUGCCUGAGUGUGUAGAGUGUGGUGUGUUACUCACCGAUGCUGAUGGCCUCGGCGAACUUCUGUUCCCUGACCUGCUUCUGGCACUCCUUGAGCCGCGCGGCCGCAUCGGCGUCCAAACCGCCCCCCAUCUUGGUCACCGCUUGAAAAUCUAUACACACAAACAGCCAGUGGAUGAAUCCAUGGUGCGGGUGAAGCACACGGUGAGGGAGGGAGGGAGGGAGGGAGGGAGAGGAUGAGGUAAGAAGGUACCUUUGAGAGCAUCUUUCCACUUCUGGAGGCACAUGUACGCGCAUCCUCUGCGGUAGUAGGCCUUGGUAAAGUUGGCCUUCAAAUCGAUGGCCUUCUCCGCAUCAAUGAUGGCCGAACCUGCACACAACAAGCCCACACACACACACACGCACACACAUACAGAGAGAGGGAGACAGACAGAUCCACCGCCACACGUGGCACACGUGCGCUGCGCUGGUUGACCGACCGUAGUUCUCCAGCCGGAGCUGUGUGAAAGAUCUGUUUGAGUAGUAGAUGUGCAGGUUUGGGUUGGUAGGCGUGGAGGCGUCGAUGGCCCUGGAGUACUCCUCCUCUGCAUGGAUGAAGUGGUUCUGCUUGAACAGCUCGUUGCCCUUGUCCUUGUACUUCUCCGCCAACUCGUCGUCGCCAUCGCCGUCACCAUCACCGUCACCGUCAACAUCAGCCUGUCCCUGCGGCGGUUGCCCCUGCGCGUUGCCGUCAAGGUCUGUCUCCUCUUUGACCAUCGCGGCCGGCGGGUCAGCGGCGUCGAUCUCGCCGUUGUCCUUCUCACCCGACUCGCGACUCGCUGUUGAGUCCGUGUCGGCAGAUGGCUUUAUGCCGUUCAUUGUGGUGUUGCGUGACCCCACAGGGUUUGGGUGCAGGGUUUGCGGGUCACUGCCCGCGAAACGAAAGAGAGGAUCCUGAAAAGUCUUCCGUUGUCCGAUAUUGAGCAU